AUGGUAGUCUCUUUCGUGAAUGUGGGAUUGUGUGGACAGCACUCGCACAUCAACAAGAACGUCUGGGGUGACCAGCAGCUUGUGAUGUCUUCGUGUCCGCCGUCCCAAAGUCGUGAGAUAUUCCUGUUGCCGGUUACAUGCAGUCAGCCUCUGCUGCCUUCUAUUGUGUACAAGGUUUAUCCUGUGUCCCUGAGGGACGAAGAGGAAGUCGGCAACGCGCUGAUCAGAAGGGGUGGCUCGUGGAACUGCGCGAAGGUGUACGUCUCUAGAGCAAGAAGGAUGGAAGAGACGAAAAAUUCUACCAAAAUUGGGGAACCAGUGCUGAAAACCUCUUCGAACACUCUCCACUACCCAGUUAUAUUCUCGAGGAUUUCCGUAAAACAUUUCUGUGCACGUCAGGAGAGAAUGGGACAGGCCAUUGUGUGCCCUCCGUUCAGUGGAAGGCUGAAUACCGUGAGCUCAACGUGGUCUGUGCACAUCUACCCCAGAGGAGUGGACCAAUUGCAUCAACGUUACCUUUCUCUCUACCUGGUGCUAAACAAAAGUAUAGAAGGCUGUCUUCGUGUCGCAUACACUUUUAAUAUAUUGAACAUUAGAAAAGGAGGCGUGGUGCGAAAACGCCGUCAGCACGUGUUCAAGGAAGGCGACAGCAAAGGAAUUAGCAAGUUCAUGUGCCUGAACAGACUGACUCGGCUGGAUUCUGAGUACCUCGCCAAUGACACACUGACCCUCUACACCGAGAUAAUGCUGCUUCCGAACGGAUUGUAUUCUGCUCAUCUGCAACGAGUACCAUUCCAGUUGCCCCUCGACUUUGGGGAAUUCAUCGAAGAUACUCAGCUGUCAGACUUCACCUUCGUCGUACAAGACACUGAAUUCAAGGCUCACAGAAUCGUACUGGCCUACCAGUCGCAAGUGUUCUCUGCCAUGGUACGGCACAGCGGCAAUAACAGGACGGCUUCAAUCACCGAUAUCAGUCCUGACACGUUCCGCGAGCUCCUCCGUUUUAUCUACACCGGCAGCGCUCCUAAUCUAGACAAAAACGCCGAUAAACUUCUGAUUGCAGCCGACAAGUAUCUUCUCAACGAUUUGAAGAAAAUGUGCGAAUGCUCCUUAUACAAUCAGCUGAGCACUGAGAACUGCCUCGACACGCUUUUGCUGGCCCACUACUACGCGUGUGACUACCUCAAAUUGGGGGUGAUGAAAUUUAUUAUCGGGAACAGGGACGAGAUAAAGAAGAUUAAUGGUUGGAAGAGCGUAAACCUCGCUAACGAUCAUAAUAGGUUGGUAGCGCAGAUUCUGGAUCUGACACACGCAGAAGACGAAUAUGCCACGAUGGAUGGGCCACCCCGGAAGAGGAGCAGGAGAGAAUAAAUCGCGAUUCAUAAAUCGCAAUAAACCACGAAUAAAUUCGAUUGCGAUGA